AUGUCUUUACUGAAGCUGUGGAACAGAGAAGCAAGGGCAUCUUCCAAGAGAAAGAGUCAUGGAAUCGCUGGCAAUUAUGGCAACAGUAUGCUGGCCCACAAUAACGUGAGGCAGUUCCGCAUAGAUAUAAAUGAAGCGCACAGAGUUUGGAAGCCCAGUGAAAAUAUAGCUGGCGAAGUUGUUAUCGACAUCAAGAGAGACAUUACCAACGUGGCCAUCAAGUUAUCGCUAGUAUGUGAGGUUCGCGUGAAAACUGGGAACAGUCCAACCUCCAAGAAUAAGAGAAUCGAGAAAGUCUUGGAGAAAUCGACGUUUCUUUAUGGACAGGACUACGUGAAAGCAGAUUUUUCAACUACAGAAAAGAAACCGUGCAUUGGUAAAGCUACUAUUCUUAAUGGUUUAAGCAAGGGUGAGCACAGGUUUCCCUUCAGAAUAAAGAUACCAAGAGGCAAGGGAAUGUUGAGCUCUAUAAAGUUUGAAAGGGGCUCGAUAACAUAUUUCCUCACUUCCUCCUUGGAGUCUCUCAAUAAUAUCAACGCAUUGAAAAAACCAGAAGCAAGGUGUGAACGUGAGUUUGCAGUUAUAGUGCCGUUGGACGUAUCGAGACUGCCUCAACCAAAGACCAAAACAGUAGUGUUACAAUCAGCCUCCAUGGUCCAAAAUAAAAAGGGCAAAUCCACAGAGGAUGCAUCGUCAUCUUAUACACAGCUAACUCAGAAGUCUAACACCUCUAAUUCUUCUGGAAGCUCAACAAACUCUAAAACACCCCCCUUACCAAACAAAACGGUAACUAUAUCCGUAGAUAUACCGCAGGCUGGGUUCAUGAUAGGUGAAAUCAUUCCCAUAGAUGUAAGGAUUGACCACUAUAAACCUUUUUAUGCCCCAGCAGGUCUUACGACCACCUUGGUGAGAAUAUGUAGGGUGGACGGUGCAGGUAAAGAUGACCCAAUGGAGACCUUCAGAAAAGAUAUAUGCCAAAGUAUCUCCCCCAUAUAUAUCAACCCUGAAACGCUGCAGUUUCAAUCUAGAGUUUAUCUGAAAGUACCCCUUGAUGCAUUUUCCACACUCACCACUGUGAGUAAAUUUUUUUCCUUUCAGUACUACAUUGAGGUGAUGGUCAAUUUAUCAAAAAAGAACGUGGUUUACACUGAAUCUAAUAAAAUAAUAGGAACCCCCAUCGAAGAACAAAACGGCUUGGGUGUAGAAAAUAACAUCAACCGUAUUCAAAGGAAAAUGCUACGAAUGGUCAGCCCGGAAACUUUGGAAAACGAUUCCGAGGGUUAUGAGUCUAGUAUAUUUUUCAAGGACAUGGUGAAUGUAGAAAAGCUGAAAAGACUAAGAAAUGUUACAGGCAUGUCUAUCGAGACCGUGAUAGGAACAACGAGAUCCGAACAGCAGCGAUACGAUACGUACUUUCCUCUUCCAUCUUCAACCAGGAUCCCACAGAGUCCUUUAUCGGAUCUAAAAGAAUGGCUAACUCCAUUAAAUGCAUAUGAGUGCGAUGAUGUCCCAGUUCCGAAGUAUUUCCCAAAUAGUGAAGUUGAUAUACCUUCCGAAGACAAGCAAGAACUUGAACGGAGGAGACUACAACAAUUAGAAAGCGAUCCUCCCCUCUGUGAUGACUAUUAG